GUCUGUCUUCCUAGCAUCACGGCGCACCAACUGCCAGGGAGCUUGAUACAAUCUGGUAUUCUACCGCGACUGGCGAGAGAUUGAUCUGUGAAAUUGUCGUGCGAACCUUGCUGCUCGCAUCAAUCAGAGCGGCAUUUGAUCUGGUCUGGUGAAAUCUCAGUCUAGUUGAGAUGGCGUCCGUCGCAGCGUUGUCGACCUCCGUGGCUGCUGCCGCCGCAUCCACCAGCGCUGUGGCCUCGUCCACGACGAGGUCGACCCAGAGAGUGUCGGCGUCGUUGUCACUCAGGAGGAGCCUCGUGCAUGGCAACAAGGUGGUGUUGACCGCAAGGAAAGCAGAGUCCAAGAAGUUCAAUCCUCUGCGCGUCAGGGCUACCGCCGACAGCGACAGCUCUGCUCAAAUCCAAGAAUUCGUCGAAGACCUCAAGGCCAAGUGGGACCAGACUGAGAACAAAACCACCGUCGUAGUUUACGCCGGAGGUGCCCUUGUGGCUUUAUGGUUCUCCUCCACCAUCGUAGGAGCCAUCAACUCCGUCCCACUGCUGCCCAAGAUCAUGGAACUCAUUGGGCUCGGCUACACUGGAUGGUUUGUGUACCGAUACUUGCUGUUCAAAUCUAGCCGUAAGGAACUCGUUGAAGACAUUGAGGAGCUGAAGAGUAAGAUCUCAGGUGCUGCUGACGAAGUUGCGAGCGGCAAGUAAAUGGCGUUGCACUCACUCCAUGCUAUGCAGCGUGCCACAAUUCCUUUUGUGAAUGUAUGUACUCGUCGAUUGGCACGAGCUCUGAAAUACAGGAUCUGAGCCGCCUAUUUUUUGACUUGCAUGAUGAACUCUCUCUUCGUAGAAUUGGUUGGUGAUCGAAACUUUGCAUGCAACCAGGCACGCACGGUCUAGGGAUCUAAUCAGAGUUGAACAGUGUAGCAGAGUUUUGUGUUGACGAGCACCUCGUGAGUGUAUUAGCAUUAAGAUGUGUGAACUUUGUGGUUUUCACUGCAAGUUUCCUCGAUCAUGGAAUAUCCACUUUAAUCUGGCAUGGCAAUUUAUAUUA